GUUGAAUGGAGAAAAAACAUAUGUCUAUCUGAAUUUAAUUUCAAAUCUGCUUGAAAGUAUAUCUAAUAUCACUUUCAAUAGUAUGAAUGAAUAUUAUUUCGAGUGUAUCGUUCUGAAGUACAAGUAGGUAUAAUCGCAUGCUGACAAAUGGCGGAUGGUGAAAACCAUAGAAUUGAAAAAAAAAAAAAAGUGAUGUCAUCAAAAAAGCAAUUUGAACCCUGACCAAUAAAUUCUGAUUUUUAUUUUACAAUACAAAAUAUACGGCCAAGAAUUAUAGGAAAAAAUAAAAAGCAAAAAAGAGACAAAAAAGACUUACUCUAAGGAAGAAUACACAAGUCAACUUUUCAAGGAAAAAUAACUAUAUACUUGAAGAAAAACUAGGUUUUAUAUAUUUUAUACAACCUUCUCAACGACAUCUAUAUAUAUACUUUUUUUUUUAUUUUCUCGCAAUCUUUUUUUUUUUUUUUUUUUUUUUUUUAUUACCCCCAUCCUUUUAAUGCCUGUUCAGAUGGUCUCUCGAUUUCGAGUAAAAAAGCUUUCACCAAAGAUCCCUCUUCCUAUAUUUAAAGAGUCACAACUUCCUGACCUUGUUGACCCAGCUAAUAUUCAGCGUUCAGCACCUCAAAUAGAAACAGGUGUUGAAAAAGAAGAGGAGGAAGAGCAUGAUUUACAAGCCGCAAUUUCGGCACACCAGGCAGCCGUAACAACUGGUGCUAAAAUUGAAAGUUACAUCCCAAUUCCAGAUGCUUCCAAUGUGAUUGAUCAUAAAGUAUAUGAAUCAUUAUAUAAAAAAAAAUAUAAAGAACCCUCUACCUUAAUUCGAUUCUCUUCAACUGUUGAAGAUACCUGUGGCUGUCCUUAUGUUAUGGAUGAAUUGGAUGAAACUUUUUUAAAUAAAUUCAAUACAGAUCAUACAACAUUAUCUGAAGAUGAUUUUGAGAAAAUUAUGUAUCAAUUUGAAUCCAUAACAAAAGAUAAAUUACCACAUCUUCAUCUGGAUCCCCAGCAUAUCCCUGAUUUCAGUAGCUUUAUGGAAAUGGUCCCUGAAUCCUCCUUUUUACUUUCUCGCCCGACAUCUUUACUUGAGCCCAUUUACGCCCAUUGGUUUAAGCGUAAACAAGACAGACACGGUAACCCUAUUAUACCUGAAUUGAAGUAUGAAGAAAUAUCGAAAAACGAGGUGGAUCCCUAUGUCUGUUUCCGUCGUCGCGAAACAAAGCCUGUGCGUAAAACCAGACGUACUGAUCAACAGUCAUUGGAGAGACUUCGCAAAUUAAGAACUGAAAUGGAAAUGGCUAGAAAUUUGUUAGAAAUGGUGUUGCGCAGAGAGAAAAUUAGAAAGGAAGGCAUGGUGCUGGAACAUACUGUCUUUGAUAAAAAAGCAAAAUUACGCGAAUAUCAACGCACUUUGGGUAUCAAAGAAGAUGAAGACCUGUUACUUCCAUCGAAAAAGAAGCGUAGAUCAUCUAUUGGUUCUGGUGCAACUAUUAAAAUUCCCUUGCAUCGCCUCAAAAGAGAUGAAAACAGAGUUGAAAAGACUCCAACACAGUUGGCCAUCGAAGCUGAUUUGGCUCGUAAAAAGUUGGCAGACGCUCCCUAUGAGGAUCUAACAGAGUGCACUUACCAACCAUUCCCAAUGAAAUUAUCUUCUCAAUUCUUCCAACCGUUAUCAUCAAAUAUCCGUUACAGAAAACGCAUUGGUCGUGGUGGCCGUAUCUUUAUCGAUCGUGCUGGCUAUAAGAAACCAACCACCGGAAAGACAAAACCUGGCAUGAAUACUGAUUACCAAAGAAAUGCUAUGAAAAGAUAUGAUUUUGAUUCGGAUUCCAGUCAAGAAGAUUCUGAUAUGGAAGUAGAUGAAAUGGACGAUAGUUAUCUGAGGCACAGAACACAGCUACUUUCCGAAAUAGAACUCCGCAGUCUUGUCACAAUACCUUUUCUAACACCAAUGAAUAUGAUGAACAUACAAGCCGCCAGAGCUAAUCAAGCUGCUAUUGCUGCCGCUACUGCUGCUGCUGCCGCUUCUGCCGCUGCCGCCGCUGCGUCCUCUCAAAGAUUAUCUAUUGCUACUGGUGCCGCCUCUUUGGAGAGUAAUUCAAAUACAAGUAGUAGGCCCUCUUCGCCAGGAUCCUCUCCCCAUCCUCUAAAGAGACAAACCAGCAGAUCCAGAAUGACACCACAACAAGCUGCAGUUGCUAUGGCAAACGGAAUGAUUGCGGCUAAUAUGGCAGCUGUUGUCAAUGGUUCCACCAAUCAAAAUAGAACGGCUGUUCAAAUGGCAAUUGCAGCUGCACAGCAACAGCAACAACUGCAACAACAACAGCAGCAGCAACAACAGCAACAACAGCAACGUGGUAACUCCACUAAUAACUUGUCAUCUAUCAUGUAGACAUAUCCUCUAUUCGUUAAUACUUUCUACUUGCCCAUUAAGAGAUCCCUUUAAUUCCCGCCGUCAUCCUUUCUUAUUGGUUUCUCUUGAAACUAUUUAUCCUUUGUACAGAUUUUCUUCAUUCAUAAGAACCGCUCAUCGCACUUUUUUUUUUCUUUCUAUUCUCUCCUAUUUUUUCCUUUUUAUUUCAUAUAUAUACAUCACUUAUUACUAUUACACUUAUAUAAUCCACGAAAAAAAAACAUAAUAACAUUUUCAAACAUCAUCCCAAACUUCUAGUCAACCAGUUGAAAAUCUCAGCUUUUUUUUUUUCAAAAAACGAACGAGCAGAAAUAUUCCUUUUUGGCUUUAGUGCAAUUCACAACAAUUACACGAGUAAACAAAUAAACACUGCUCCAAAAUUUCAAAAA